AGAAGUAGGAGGUUUUUUUAGAGGUUUAGCAUUCGAUGCUGCCAUUGAUGGAGUUUCAGGUGGUGCUAUCGAAGGAGUAAAAUUAAGUAAAGGAGCAGCGGAAGUAAUUAAAGUAGGAUGCGAAACCUUUAGCAAGGUCAGUGAUGAGGUUGACAAGAUAAAUGGCGAAUAUAUUCCAACUCCCGAUCCCCAAACGACACUUUUAUUCGCCAAAAAUAUUAAAAAUAUCUUUUAA